AUGGGUAGCCGAAUGAGUUGUUCGUGCCCGGACGCGUAUUGUGGAGGAGCGGACGAACGACGGGUUCGAAUCAACGCCGAACUGUUCGAAUUGUCACCGGACGGAACGAAAUGGUUGAUGGUCGAUAAUCGCAUGAUGUACAUCUCCGUGUACCGUAACGAGGUGGAUCGUGUUCGGGUCACGGCAGUAUCGCAAACCGGAAGAACAAUGCUCGACACCACCUUGGGCAAAGAUCAAAAAGUGGAGAAGAUCAGUGAAUGUUUCGUGUUUUGGCGAAAUCAUGAUGGGAGAACGUUGGGAGUGAAUACGUUGACUGCCAGAGACGCGAAUUUAUUCGUCACUCAUACGGCUCCAUCCAAUUCUCCGGCAUCAUCGAUGCUACAACAUAAUAUCAUGGCACAGGUGUCCAUUAUUGCGACAUGGGAUGGAAGUGGAGUUCGUCCUCAGAGCAGGCGACAAGAAGCCACAAUGGCGUCCAUAAACCCGCUCAGCAUGGUUUUUCACCUCAAUCACGGAUUGAUCAACGUUGAUUUGCUCGAGUGCUUCGUCGCCCUCACCGACAAGCCGAACACGCUGCACAUCUCCUACGCCAGCAACAUCUACGAGUUCGAGUUCACGGGGGAAGCGAGCAGAUUCGCCACUCAGGUGCUGAACAUGUCCUCGUUGCUGCUCGCGCGUACCACAUGCACUGACGUCGCCGUGACGUUCCUCAACCGACAGCAUCAGAAACAACUCGAGCGACUCUCUCAGUUGAAAUCCCUCGGAAACGGUGAGGACGUGAGGGCAAAGGAAAAGGUGUUGCUCAAGGAUUUUGCGGUGUUAACUCGACUUUGCGCUCUCACCAACAAUCCGCUGCCAAGAAUACAGGAUUUGAGUGACGAGAUCACGACGCCGAUCCAAGACCUCAUUCUACCUGAAAGCCCUCUGACCAGUGUCUUCCUGCUGUACAACAACCUCUACGAUUUCCGAAUGUGGCGCAAAUCGGUCGACGUACGAGUGAGCGACUUGCGUGCGCUGUGCUCGUCGACUGCUCGUGACACCAUUAUGAACUGCCCCUCCUCUUCAUCUGACUCGAUUUUUCGAAUCGAACUUCCAAAUGGAAAAACAACGGUGAUCUCGCAUGGAAAUCAAAACCCAAAACAGUUGCUCGAGAAGAUAUGCGUUAAACUUGCCGUUCAGCCGGACUUUUUCGAGCUCAUUCGAACCGAUGAUGGAGGUUGGAAGUUGUCAAUGCGAGAAGAGUAUGAGGUGGAGAAGAGACAUGCGAAGUUGGGACUCACCAUUUACGCAUACAAUGACAACGGAGUCAUCAAAGCAGAGGUUCGUGGUGUUACCCCGUAUGCACCGGAAGGUGCGGAUAUUGGCGAUGUAGUGAUCAGCGUCGAUGGAAAACUGAUUUCCACGGUGGCAUCGGCCGCCGACGUUGAACGACUCCUGACUGAAGGUCGGUUGAUUCGACUGAGAAAAGGUAGAAGACCGACAAAAUCCGGCACGGAUUCAGUGAAGAUGAUCACUCCGGAGAAACCUCGACCACCAAAACCUUGCGCUUCGGCCGCUGAAACAGCCGCUUCAGAGGUAUCACGGAUGAAGUCGGAGGAGAAAUUAUUGCGUAGUAUUGAGGAAUUGCUUCAAACAGAGAAGAAAUACGUCGAUGAUCUCAGAGAAAUGAUUGAUCGAUACCUAUCCAUACCAUCGGUUCGUGAAAUCAUGGAGUCUGCACUACGAUUGCAGAAAAUGCAGAUCUCCUUCCUCGAAUCACUUGAAGAAGCUCUUGGAGACAUUGGAAGCGGAGAUACCAGCGCCCGGCCACUUGUAAGGGACGCCAUAAUCAGGGUCUGUGCUUUGUUCGUGAAUCGCUGUGGUGACUUCAAGGUGUACGCGGAAUACGCUGCAGCAUAUCUACGUCUACUCCAGGAAUUACCAUCAAGGAAAGAGAUGAUGUCCAGUUUGGAGGCGGCAAACAAAUCCAGGGAACAGCACUGUUCCUACGAAUCCCGUAUGAUUAAGCCCGUACAACGAGUAGUACAGUACCCAUUGCUCUUGCGAGCUAUCCAAUCCUGUUGUGAGCCGGACAGCCUUCAAGCGAAGCAGGUCGAAGUCGCGCUGCAAAAGAUGCAAACUUUGGCUGAAUAUGUGAAUGAAAUGCAGCGAGUUCACGAACAGUACGCUCCACACAUUGAUGUUCUCAGACGGCAGAAUGAAGUUCUAUUCAGAGAGAAGGGUCUUCGCAUCGACAUCCGGGAUUUGCUGCUUUUUGCACACAUUCAGUGGCUCAAUACCGACAAAGCUAUGCAAGACUAUGUGAUUUUUGUCUUCCAAACGUUGAUACUGCUUCUUCCACGGAAUGCUCGAAGGGAUUGCAAGAGCAAAUGGAUGCGUGUGCUCCCGAUCACAGAAGUAGUUGUUGAGGAUGUUCGAAAAGAAGAACCGGUGCUAGCCAUCAUCCAUGCCAGUAGCAAAGAUUCCGACAGAGUUUCCAGUCAUGAGACCGUGUACCACGUCGCCUGUUGUCAGCUGUCACUAAAACAACAACUCGUGAGGAGCAUCAAAAAGGCCAGAACCAACAUCAUUCGCGAGACACGCCGUCCAUUGAGCGGAUCAAGCCAAUCGGAUGGCGGCUACGGUAGCGAUCCGAUGAAGGACAGGAAAAGCUCGUGA